AUGCCCAGGCCCAAGGUAUUGGUUCACUUGUGUGUGAAGUACUUUGAGGCUCCUUGCUUCCUCCUUCUGUUUCAAGGCCAGAAUAAUUGCACCACCCCAAAAAUUAUAUUUGCAGGAUCAUUUUCGUCCAAAAUGAGGUACUUGAGCCUCUUUCUUGUGUCUUGCUUGAUACAGUGGGUACAUAGCAAAACUGUUAAUUUCGAUGUCACUUUAACUUGGGAAGAUUGGUUUGAUGGGCCUGGUCAACCCAGAAAAAUGAUUUUCGCCAAUGGCCAGUUUCCAGGACCAGAACUUCGGCUCAACCAGGGCGACAAUGUCGAAUUCCACGUGAAAAAUGGAAUGAAGAACGCGACAACCGUCCAUUUUCAUGGAAUCCACCAGCAGGGUACACCAUGGUCGGACGGAGUUCCCGGACUAUCGCAGAAGCUUAUUCCCCCGGGCGGGACCUUUCUCUAUAAGUGGAUAGCCACACAAUAUGGUGCCUAUUUCUACCACGCUCAUACUCGAGGCCAGAUUGACGAUGGUCUCUACGGUUCGAUCCAUAUCCAGGCUUCUCCAACUGUCGAGAGGCCUUUUCACCUCAUCACGAACAAUACCAGAGAGCGAAUGUUGAUUGAAGGGGCAGAGAAGCAUACCAAGCCUAUCCUGCUUUCAGAUUGGCGCCAACUGACGUCCGAGGAGACAUGGAGCGCAGAAGAGGCCACGCAUUUAGACGCAUAUUGUGUCAACGCUCUGUUGAUCAACGGCAAGGGAUCGAUCAAGUGCUUGAGUCAGCAGACGCUCAAUCAAUACACCACGGCUGCGCAGAAAGGCGUUCUUGGCGGAGGGAAUCUCACCGAUACUGGAUGUGUCCCUCCAGUCGAGGCGAUGGAAGGGGAUUUUACUCAUAACUUCAGUGCGCUCGUACCGACAAUGUUCCAUAGUUGCCAUUCUCACCAGGGCCCGACCGAAGCAUUCAGAGUCGACCCGCGCGACUGCUACGUGAGCUAUGAUCUUAUUAGCACCGCUGGUACAAACACCAUGAUGUUCUCGAUUGAUGAACACAAGGCUUUUGUAUAUGCUGUUGACGGACGGUAUAUCGAGCCUCUUCAAGUCGACGCCAUGUCGCUUGCUAAUGGCUACCGCUUUUCUGUUUUUCUUAAGCUCGACCGUCCCCCCGGUGACUAUACAAUCCGCCUAUCUACUGUCGGCCUUAAUCAGAUCCUGAAUACCACAGCCACACUGUCAUAUGAAACAAACCAUACCUCUCCAAGACAUAUGGAAAAGGGCCAAUCAACACCUUCUAUCGACAUAGUUGGAUCGAAUACUACUGCAAACACUGUUUUCCUCGACGAUUCAGCCAUUGUUCCUUUCCCUGUCGAGGCACCAUCCCUAGAUGUUGCGCAAACUCAUAUACUGAGAGUUGGUCACCGCGACACAUCCUACCGUUGGAUGUUAGGUAAUUCGAGCUUUCCAUUGACCUUGGAAAAUGCUCGGCCUCUGCUUUUCUACCCCAAUAGCUCAUUCGGGCAUAGUGAUAUGACCAUUCGAACUCAGAACAACACUUGGGUGGAUCUCAUCUUUGAUGUAUUUGAGGCAAUCCAGCCGCCCCACCCAAUUCAUAAACACUCUAAUAAGUUCUACGUCAUUGGUCAAGGAGAAGGUGCUUGGAAUUAUACCUCGGUGGCAGAGGCGAUGGAAUACAUCCCAGAAAGCUUCAAUCUGAAAACACCACAGCUGAGAGACACAUAUAUUACCCCUGCUGCUGCAACCGGGCCUACUUGGUUGGCUGUGCGAUAUCAUGUGGAGAAUCCUGGAGCAUUCUUACUUCACUGUCAUAUCCAAGUUCACCUGAGUGGUGGAAUGGCACUCGGUAUAUUAGAUGGCAUUGAUACAUGGCCGGAGAUCCCGGAAGACUACCAAAUCGCUCAUUGA